AUGACUACCCCCGCCACUUCGGCGACAGUGUUAUCAACGUCUACGCCCUCUGCGAUACUCGCCCCUACGAAUGACACCAACUCUGCCCCUAACACCGCUCCCAUCCAAACCGCCAACGGCAUGGUCCCCAUAGGCAACACUCUCCCUCAAAGAUCUGAGUGGUCUAAUGCGGGCCGUUGUGCCAAGCCGCUCGAAGAAGGGAAGGCAUGCUCUUAUCACGCAGGAAUGACUCAUGAUCAGCUCCUAUUCGAUGUGGGCUAUGUCGGUGAGGACUACGAGGAAGAUGAGGAGGCAGAGGAGGAUGAGGAUGAGGAUUACGAGGAAGACGAGGAGGUAGAGGAGGCUGCGUAUGCCAUAAUAUGGGUGUGUUACAACGACGAUAGCAGUACCCAAGCUUUUGAACUCGUCAUGCCAAAUUGGCCUUUCUUUCAUCCCAAGGAUGUCCCUGACCUUGCUAAGGACGUUCUUCUUGCCGAUGAUUCUUACUGGCGCUACGACGAGGAGCUCAAGUCCUGGUUGAAGACCACCAGUCCCUUCCGCCUCGAUGCAGGCAAAGUUCUCUACUUGUUCGCAGUCAAUGUGACCGAUUUCUCUGGACUUCCGGGUUCCACGAGUCUGAACGUGCCAUCCACACCAACGAAACCCCCCUUUGCCCAUACCAAAUUCCCCGCUUACUCUUCAUCUCCUGCCAAGCGUUUUCGCAUCUCCAAAUUCCCCUCGUCCGACCAUUUUUUCUAA